AUGGCGGACGACGCGCCAGAUGCCGGCCUCGUCGAGCGAGAUGGCAAGCAGUACAGACCGAUAAAAGAAGGAAAGGCGACUAUUCUGGUGCCCCACGAUCCGAAAUCCAAAAAGACUGUCACCGAGGAGCAGCAAGUCUUUUACAAUCCCAUCCAACAGUACAACCGCGACCUGUCGACUCUUGCGAUCAAGGUCUAUGGAGAAUGGACCUUGGAGAAGCGCCUGAAGAAGUUGCAGUCGAGAAAUGCAGACAAGCAGAGCAAAGGGAAGAAGAGGAAGCGCGGCGACGAAGAGCCCGCCCCGGAGGCCGAGACGGAACCCAAGGAACCGUCAGCAACAGAAGCCACCGAAGCGCCCAACUUUCCCAAGCCAACCUUCAAGAUCCUUGACGCUCUUUCGGCCUCGGGCCUUCGUGCCAUGCGCUACGCCCACGAACUUCCAUUCAUCACAUCGGUCACGGCAAACGACCUCUCCGAGUCGGCUGCCAAGUCGAUUCAAGUCAAUGUUGACCACAACGGCCUGCAAGACAUCAUCACUGUGACGAACCAGGAUGCCCUCGCUCUCAUGUAUCGCGCGAUCGCCGAUGAUCUGUCGAAACGCGACCGCAAUGGCAACCCCGGUAAAGCGCACAAGUUUGAUGUCAUCGACCUCGACCCCUACGGCACGGCCGCUCCAUUCUUCGACGCCGCAAUCCAAUCUGUGCGCGAUGAUGGAGGGCUCCUGUGCAUCACGUGCACUGACAGUGCCGUGUGGGCAGGGCACAGCUAUUGUGAAAAGACGUAUGCGCUGUACGGGGGCAUCCCUCUCAAGGGGAUGCACACCCAUGAGGCCGCUCUGCGACUGAUCCUGCACGCGGUGGCCUCUUCCGGCUCCAAAUACGGCCUGAGCAUCGAGCCCAUGCUUUCGCUGUCUAUAGACUUUUACACCAAAGUUUUCGUCAAAGUCACCAGGUCGCCGCACAAGGUCAAGUUCUUGGGUGCCAACACCAUGUUGGUCUAUAGCUGCGAUCAAGGCUGUGGCUCAUGGGAGACCCAGCCCGUCCUUCGGAGCAAGCCGGCGCCGAACAAGAAGGGAGACGGUUUCUUCUUCAAGCACGGCAUGGCAUUGGGCCCGACGGCUGACCGCUUCUGCCGCUACUGCGGGUUCAAGAUGCACCUGGCCGGGCCCAUGUACGCGGGACACAUCCACAACCAAGAGUUUAUUCAGCGCAUCCUCGACGAGAUACCCAAAGCACCUACCGAUGUCUACAAGACCCUGCCGCGGCUGGAGGGCAUGCUGCGCACCGCGCAGGAGGAAUACCUCCCCGGCCCGGAGCCCCAAGAAGGGGUCGACUGCACCGAGGCUGCGCUCGCCACACCCGAUCACACGCCUUUCUUUGUGAUUCCGGGCAAAGUGUCCAGCAUAAUUUCCAGCACCACUCCCAACGACGACAUGUUCCGUGGGGCCCUCUUGCAUCUCGGAUAUCAGGUUGGUCGGAGCCACUGCCGCCCAGGUGCCAUUAAGACGGACGCCCCGUGGUCGACGAUAUGGUGGAUCAUGACGGAGUGGAUCAGGCAAAAGUCUCCAGUCAAGACCUCAAAGUACAAGCCGUCCAUGGCGGCAUGGAAGAUUCUGCACGAUGCCGGAAUCGUCGGACAUGAGUCCGAUUCUCCCAGCAAGGAUGAACAGGCGGACGGCGACGACCACAAGAUGGAGGGUAUUGAGGAGCAGCCCGCGAAGCCGAAGGCAGAAGAAGCGGCCGAACAUGGCAAUGGUGAGGCUGCACCUGGAGCGAGUGAGGCUCCCAAGUCAGAAGAAGCAGAGACGCCGCUACCGAGUGAAGACGAACUGCGCAAGACGCUGGUGUUCAACGACGCGCUGGCGAGGCUGGGCCGCACCAAGCUUGGACAGCGUUAUGUGCGCUACCAGAUGAAUCCUUCGACGAACUGGGGCCCUAUGACGAGAGCCAAGGGCAACUGA